UACGUGUAUCCGAUUUUAAAGCGCUCGAUUUAAAAUGCGUACAACAACAACAAAAGAAAAACAUUAAAAACUAAAGAAAAACAUAAACCUAGAUAGAAGGACGUUGAUUUAUGAAUGUUAGCUUUAUUAGAUAAAUUAAAGAUGACGGAUUCAAUUGAAAGUGUGUUGGAGGAGCUGAAAUCUCAGUGCCAUAUCAACAGCACACCAAUGGAGGAUAUCAUGAAAUCUCAUCACAUUCUGAAGGAGGAGCUAAAACCACAGAAAAAUGUCUACAUGUCCCUUUAUGGCAAGAAAAAGUACCUGGAAUGUCUCGCCAUGGACAAGUCAGAGUGGCCUCAGUCCCAGCAGGAUAUAGAUUUGGAGCUGAAGGAGGCACGUCAGGACAAGAAUGCCAUGAAGGAGGCAGUGGAGGAAGAGAAGGAGAGAUACAGAGCCAGCAUGGAGGCACUGGCUGAAAGUUAUGAGAAACUUCAGGAGAAAAUCAAGCUUGUUGAGGGGAAUCUUGAAGUGUUCGAAGCCAAGCGAGCCAAAUUUGAGUCUCGGAUGGCUUUAGAUCCUCCAGCUGUGAAGCGGGCCCUGGGGACCUGUGAUGAGAGUAUAGCUACACUGAGAUCUACGCUGGCCGGUCUACAGUCUCACCGGGCAGAGUUGGAGGCGAGCGUGGCCAAGGCGAGGGUGGAACUGGCGGCCAUGUCAAAAAUAACCGGGAAGAAGAAAACACGUGGGCCGUCUUUAAAAAGAUUACAAGAGAUUUGUGCCUUCCUUGAGACACAGACUGGGGUCCGGGUCGUGGAGUUGUCCCCGGAGAGGUUGAGAGUUGAGUUUCUCAGAUCCUCACAACUGUCCGCCAACGUCGACCAAGCUGCAGAAUUUAAACUUCAGCUGACCUUGAACUUUGACCCUGAAUCCAGGGAUGAAAUACGGUUGGCAAGUGUGAAGGUUGAAUUUGGAAACACUCAAUUUAUCAACAACGAACUCUUCAACAUAGAUGACUUGGUGGACCAGGAGGUGGCGUGCACAGACGUCCCGUACCUGAUACUUGCAGUGAGAGAGAAGUGGGUCCGCUGUUAUCCACUCCUGUCAGAGAUAGAUCUGCUCAACAGGACACACGCCAUUGACUGGAUACAGGAAGAGUGCAAGCUGCGUGUUCUGGUGGGGAGAUGUGGCAAGGCCAUGGUGACCCUCAGCGUGCCCCGAGACUACCCGGCAACAAGGGGCAUCACUCUGCAGGACACACCUGCUCUACAGCUAACGGACCUUCCAGACUCUGGAGCCAGCCUCACAGAUUGGGUUAUUUACCUAGAGAAGAAGUUUGCAGAAAGAUAGACAACUGAUUUGCAGACAAAUAGACAACUGAUGUUUGCAGACAAAUAGACAACUGAUGUUUGCAGACAAUAGACAACUGAUGUUUGCAGAUAAAUAGACAACUGAUGUUUGCAGACAGAUAGACAACUGAUGUUUGCAGACAAAUAGACAACUGAUGUUUGCAGACAAAUAGACAACUGACGUUUGCAGACAAAUAGACAACUGAUGUUUGCAGACAAUAGACAACUGAUGUUUGCAGAUAAAUAGACAACUGAUGUUUGCAGAUAAAUAGCCAACUGAUAUUUGCAGAUAGACAACUGAUGUUUGCAGACAAAUAGACAACUGAUGUUUGCAGACAAAUAGACAACUGAUGUUUGCAGAUAAAUAGACAACUGAUGUUUUAAGAUAAAUAGACAACUGAUGUUUGCAGACAAAUAAUGUUUGCAGACAAAUAGACAACUGAUGUUUGCAGACAAAUAGACAACUGAUGUUUGCAGAUGAAUAGACAACUGAUGUGUGCAGACAAAUAGACAACUGAUGUUUGCAGACAAAUAGACAACUGAUGUUGUGUCAGUUUAAGUGUUUCAAAAUAAGACAUCAUGGAGUCUGUGUUCACCCCUCCUUUCCCCCAUUCUGACUUAAAUUUUAUUAGCAACUGAACAUGGUAGACAGUAAAGCAUUUACAAGUUAUUGUAAAUUAGUAAUUGCGUAAUAGUAAAGGAUGUGACUUCUUCUUUGUCUGAAAUGAUUACCUAUUUUUGAGUCCCACGAUUACUUAAAAAUAUUUCUGUCUGGAUCUAUGUACGAGAGAAGUUUUGAUGAAACUACAGUAGUAAGGAGUAGGAUUUUCUUCCAUAGUGUUUUGAAAAUGUCAGCCCUGAAAAAGAGAUGUUGAACGUUAUAAGUGAACCAGGCUUUAGAGUCUUAAUUCUGUGUCCAGAAUAUUUGCAAUUGCAGCCCUAAAACCCUUUCUUGCCCCAAAGUCAUUCAUGGAUUGACACAUUUCUUGGUAUUUAUGAUUUCUAAGAAGAAAAUCUAAAAUAUCUUGAGCCCAGGUGUAGGGAACACUAUCAUUGGGUUUAAAAAAAAAGAAUAUUUUUUUAUUUUUCAAUAACAACACCUUGAAGAAAUCAAGUAUUGAACAAAGAUGGGUUUCAUUUCAUGGCGAUUGAAUCACUGAUUCGUUUUAAUAAUGUUAUGUUGUUCAUAUUAUAAAUUUAAUGUCAAAUCUGUUACCAUGGUUUGUUUAACAUUUUGACUUUGGCGGCACUUGGCGCAUUUUUAACACGAACAGAAUGAUUGCAUGAACAGACUGAGCUUUCUGCAAAACUAAAAGGGCCCUUCUCACAGAUUUUGGCUUGUAUUGAAGUUUGUAUUAAAUGCUUAAAAUUCAUAAAUGUAAAUACUGGAACUAUAGUGAUCCAGUAAAAACAAGAAUAAAAUUGUGUGGCCAUUUAAUAGAUGAUCUUUCAAAAAUAA